AUGGUUGAUGAUGAUGAUCGAUAUCAUGGUGAAGUUUCAUGUCUUGAACGACAUACUGCGAAAGUAAUUGUUAUUAUUUUUUUAACUAUCGUUGCAAUUGGAAGUUCAACUGCACUCACUGUAGUUCUAAUCAAACAGUCACAACGUCAUCGAGCAAUAAUAGCAAAGAAAAAUACAUGGUCAACUCGACUUAAAGAAUGUGCACCAAUUUUAAAAAUUGCUGGUCCAAUUAUUUUGACCAUAAUCAAAGUAGCAACUUCAAUCAUAUUACUUUAA